UUGGAGCUCCUGGAUUCACUGGUGAGGUCUUCAGCUUUGGCUCUUCUGUGAUAUUUGACGGACACAUCCAGGACCUCAGCUGUAUCAGGAUGAACUCCACAUUAACGACCACCAAGAGCGCUGAAAAAGAGUUUGAGGAGCAGCACAAGACAAACUGACACAGAUUCAGAGAGAGAGAGAGAGAAAAGAAGGGAUUUCUUUCCGAGAGGGAAUCCCCCACCCAGGGAAACGGAGGUGUGCUGGCAAACUGUCGCAGUCAUGAACAGAAGCUGGAGAUAAAGAUGACAUCUGGAAGCAGCUGAAGCUGUCAGGCUUCAUGUCUCCAUCCUCCCCUGAGGGAGGACAAGAAGAUGAGUGUCACCAAUCAUCACUCCUUCAACAUCCUGACCAUCAUCUUCCUCGUUCUGUCUACUACAGCUCUCUCUGCUCACUUUCGGGUUUGUGAGCCUUACACCGACCAGAAGGGGCGCUACCACUUUGGAUUCCACUGUCCUCGUCUCUCGGACAAUAAGACGUACAUGUUCUGCUGUCACCAUAACAACACGGCCUUCAAGUACUGCUGCAACGAGACCGAGUUUCAAACAGUCAUGCAGGUCAACCUGACCACAUCUCCAGACGGCUACGCUCACAACAAUUACUCUGCAUUAAUCGGCGUGUGGAUCUACGGAUUCUUCGUCAUGGUGCUGCUAGCGCUCGAUUUUCUGUAUUACUCGGCCAUGAACUAUGAGGUGUGCCGGGUUUAUCUGGAGAAGUGCGGGUUGGGCGGUCGUUGGCUGAAACAGGCCCGCAGUCAGUGGCACGGCGACGGACAGGAGGAGAGGGACGGACAGCCCGCUCAACACUCUCAACCCACAGCUCCGUCAGAACCUCAAGAGCAACGUCAUGAACACAGCUGCAGUCAGACCAGACACAGCCUGACGGGAGACACACAGAGCCCAGCACAGACCGCACACAACACCACAACAGCCUGAGACUGACCAAAUGCAAGGACCAACUGUUGGAGUCCCCCGGUGAGGAAGUGCAUUGUGGGAAGCAUAGUACAUGCCCCUGCCACAUGGACCUACAUGUCAUCUGCCCCAAGCCUCUCGAUGUGGUCCAAAUCUCACAGAGCACAACCUUCAACCCCUCGACAAACCCAGAACCUCAACUCAAAGCCAACUGGGAAUGGUCCAGUGGUGGAAUGAGAGAUUCUGAAGAGCGGCUGUACCAAGAUUUGUGCAACUCCAGAACCAGACUUCGGACCAAACUGGACUUCGAUGGACACAGAACUCACCCAGGACAUCUUUGGAGGACCUAUGUAGCUGUUUCUGCACCAUUUUGUGAGCUGAACUCUCUGUAACUGUGCAGUGUCGGUUUAUUUAUUUGUAGUCAGGGAAAACGUUGAGUGAUGAAUGAAGACGUCAAACAUCAUUUAAAAGAUCCAAGCACUCUCAUGACUCAAUACUAGAAGCUUAAUGACCUUUUUGCGGUAAAUAUCAAAACUCACAUGUCGUGGGUGGUUUUGCGGUGAAGAUGUGAAAUGAAAUAGUAUGGUGAAUGUCUGUUUUUGACUACUGUCGUGAUUUGAAAUUUUCUCAUCUGUAAGAAUCAGUGAGGUAGCAAAUUGUGUUAAAUUGCAUUUUUUAUCACCCCCACAUUUUGUUUCGUGCCCUGCAGAGUUCAUUGUGUAUGUUUGUCAGGUUGUUUAGAGACCUGAAGAGGUUUUGUUCAGCGGUACGCACUCUGUUAUUGAUAUUGAUCGGUUGAGUUCAUUUAGACUUUAGUUUCUGAGUGAAAUGCCAGAAUAAAAACAUGAUUGCACACUCCAUUGAACAUGACAAAGCGGACAGUCACACACUUACAGAAAUAAUUUUGUUUUUUAAAUGGCCUUUGUUUACUUUGGUUUUGUAAGGAAGGCGUUACCCAGCUAACAAUGUUCUAAGAAUGUUUUGCUAACAUUCCCAUAAACGUUAUUUCUGCAUAUUAUCUGAACAUUCAAAAUGCUAAGUUUUUAAAAUAUUUAAGAAAUGUUAUUUUAUGUGACCAUUAAGGGAAUAUUCCAUUUUAUAAUUUUCCACACAUUAUGUAAAUGUUACUUUUGAAUGUACUCUGAACAUUCAAGUAGUAACAUUUAAAAACAAAAAAACAAAUGAACGUUCAACUUAAAUGUUUUCGAAAUGAAACAUCCCAUGAACAAUGUAUAAAUAAUGUUUUUGUGCUAACAUUUUGGGAACAUUAUUAAAGACCAGAUAACUCUGAACGAAUAUUCUAUUAUUAUUACUGGAAGAACAUUUGUUCAUAACUUUAAAGGAACCUUGCUAGAACAUUAGCCAAAGUUCUGAAAACAUUCAUUGUUAGCUGAGUAUCAGCUUCUCACACCUGUUGAAAUUUAGCUAAACUUGAUAUAGCCAAGUAGAACAUGUUACUUCAUCAACAUGCUCGCUUGUUCUGGAAGAACAUUACUGUCAGCCAAUCAGAUUUCAGAUUCUAAGCUCAUGGCAUUUUCAUCAACCAAUCAUUUCUACAUGAUUUUUGGAUUUGGUCAAUGAUUGUUUAAUGGGAAUGUUCCAAGAACAACAAAAGACCAAGGAAAAUCUACUUGGCUAAUUUCCAGAUUUCAUCGAAAACAGAACAAGAGUGUAAAGCCCAAGACACACUGCAUGAUUUUCGGCUGUCCCAUACGAUUUCUGAUUCGCCACAAUUGUUUCACCAUGCCAAUCUUUCGUCUGGGAGAGCCGAAAAUAUUGCCGUGUGUCUCUGGCUUAACAUAAACUUACUUCACGUGCACUGAUAACACCAAGCUGAAGUCUAUCAAACAAGCUCUUCAGUCUUGGAUUCUGCACCAAACUGGUUACAGUGUGUUUUGAGCAAUAAGUUUAGAAUAUGUCUGUUGGUUGGAGUCCACAAUGCAGUUUUUGGCAGACAGCAGCCUAAUUACACUCAUACAGCAGAACAGUGCCAUUGUGGCUGUGGCUUCACCAUGUUUGGACUGAAGUAAUUGGUGGUUCAGAAACGAGCUCAAGGUGGAGGUGAUCAGAUGAGAUUACGAGAAGGAGACGUGAUCUCUGGUUUCAGCAGGUGUGAGUUUAAUUAUGGUGUCAGUUGGCAGGAGGACUGACUGUGAUUCAUCAUCUAUUCUAGAGAAUAUGGAAACUCUGCUGAAGAUGUUUGGGCAUUGCUAGGCCUACGUGAAAUCACUGCCCACAUAUUUCUGCAAAAUUCACUCGUUAUUUACAAAGCUUGCACCCUGGUGUGUUUGUAUACUAAAAAUGUUUGUUAAUCUGAGAAUGCUUUCAGCUCAGUUUGACAUAUUUUCCAAAAUUAAAACCAUUCUACAAAAUUCUACUUUUUUUUCCUUUGGCCACAAUUAGGAAAAAUGCACAACCAAAAAUUUGAAUAUGCAGAUUCUGUGUGGGUUUAGUCAUAACAUGUCCAGGUCAUAUUUCACCUCUAAAAUCAAAAGUAAUAAAUAAGAAACCAUAUGUUACAUGAAGAAAAUAAAGCAUAUUGCCAAGACAAAUUCAGUUUUUGCACUGCUUUUGCAUUGCAUGUCAUUCUCAUAACAGUUAAACACAUUUUACCUUGAAAUUGCCUUUAACGUAAUCUAUCAGUACAUUUUGCAUUUGAGUUUUCUGUUGUUAUAAUCAUUACCAUCAUUAUUCUAAGUACAAUGUGGUAUUUUUUCUUAAUUACAGUAGUAAUAAUAAUAAUAAUACAAAUUUAAAAUAAGCAUGAAUGAAAAGCAGUACAAUAAUGUUUAUUGUUUUUUAACUAUAUAUAUAUAUAUUUGAUUUAUGAUUACAAGAAGAUCAUGAACAUUAAUUAUACAAAACAUAAGAAAUCUAAAUUGUGUUUAAAUAAGCUUUGUUUUCUUUAGGCAAAAUAUUAAUUCUUAUUUUCCAUUUGACUAUAUUUGACAUUUUGUGAAAGAUGGCUAGGAUCCAGGAGGAGUUUGUAUUGAGAUUUCUAUUUUAAGCGCCACACAAAAACUGCACUAAUGAUGACAUUUUCUGAUUGCUAGUUAUACUAAAUAAUUUGACCGAACUCGUAUCAGGGAACAGCAUGCAACAGGUGGGUUUAAAACAACCUUUUGCCACCCUCCAGGAGUCAUUAUUCAACCUUUAAUCAACAUGGGCCCGGUUUCACAGACAGGGCUUAAGGUCAUUGCACACUGAGUCCGAAAUUUUCGCAUGCGUUUUUCCGUUUUUUCGUAUUCCUCAUCCUUUCCUAUCUAAAUGCAUUCUACGGAUGCGAAAACGCAGAAAAUCGAACCUGAUCCGAAUUCUUUUAUGACGAACGAAAGUUUCGGAGGCAGUGUGUAAAUGUGAUUGACACAACGUGAGGUCGUAUUUAUUUUUUAGCGUGUGAAAAUUUCGAACUCAGUGUGCAAUGACCUUUAGACUAAGCCAGGAUUAGGCCAUUGUUCAAUUAGGACAUUUAAGUAAUUUUUAUAAAUGUGCCUUAGAAAAAAACAUUACUGGUGUGCAUCUAAAGACAAAACAAAGGCACUGAUUUGUUUUAAGAUCAGUCAGUGCGAGUUUCUUUCAGUUGAAACAGCUCAGACUUACAUUUUAGUCUAGGACUAGGCUUAAGCCUUGUUUGUGAAACCGGGGGUUAAUGUUCUAGGAAACUCAUCAUUCCCAUAAGGAUUCUCACCAUAAUGAAAGCUUGAAUUGAAAGCCAAGAUUUGCUGUAAGUGAUUGCAACUCUCAAGUCACCGCUGGAAAACCGUUUCACGUACAAUAAAUUACAGUGUUUACCUAAAAAGUCCAAUGUCACACUCCAGUCUCUACAUCAACAGUUGCCUUACUGUCAAUCUUCACCUGUCCGUACGGCUUUGCGGCUUUUACCUCGCAACAGGUGGUCUGGUAAACACACACAAACACAACUCUAGUCAUUGUUUCACAAGUGGGUACUAUGUACAAUGUAGCAUUAUGUUAUACUUUGUACAA